AUGUAAGUAUGAUCUUCGUCUUAGUGGAAUCUUAGUGGAAUCUUCAUAUGAUCUUCGUCUCUUGAACAAGAUCUCUCUAACCCUUUAACCCCGAUUCGAUUCGAUUCGACUCAGCUGUAAGUAGUCAGGCUAAGGAUUCUAACCAGGCUUGGAGCUUACUACAAAGUGAAAUCAUCAUGGGAUUCUGGACACUGAUGGAAGGGUUGCUGCUAUUCGCAAACGCACUUGCCAUCCUCAACGAAGACCGUUUCUUAGCUCCCAAAGGAUGGACACUCGCGGAGCUUCACCAAACCGGCAAAAGAAACUCCCUCAAAGGCCAAAUCGUCGGUCUCAUCCACGCCUGCCAGUACAUGCGGCUUCCCCUCAUGCUCUUCAACUUAAUUGUCAUCGUCUUUAAACUCUUCUCCGGUUAAAAAAAAAAAAUCAUAUUCAAAUACACUAGUUGAUCCUUUGUCUGAACAAGCACUUUGUUGUUUAUUCAUCCAUAAAGCUAGCAUUGUAUACAUUA